CUCGAGUAUUUGGACGGAACCGAGAAUCGAUCGGCUGUCGUACUUCGGCUCUUACUUCCCAGCGAAGCCGCGUCGGGUGACUUUCUUGUUCAAGUACGUUGAGGGACGCUUUACCCUGUAAGAAUCGUGAAGCAUGGUUAAGAUGGAGCACGACGAUGGUAAAAAUGAACCUGAACAUGUCAGGAAGUUAUUCAUCGGAGGACUGGACUAUAGAACAACUGAUGAUUCCCUCAAGAAGCAUUUUGAACAAUGGGGAGAAAUUGUGGAUGUCGUUGUGAUGAAAGAUCCAAAAACCAAAAGGUCACGAGGUUUUGGAUUUAUCACCUAUUCCAGAGCACAUAUGGUGGAUGAUGCACAAAAUGCACGACCGCACCGUGUGGAUGGUCGGGUUGUUGAACCGAAACGUGCUGUACCACGUCAGGAAAUCGGUAGACCAGAAGCUGGUGCAACUGUAAAGAAGCUGUUUGUUGGUGGAUUGAAAGAUGAUCAUGAAGAAGAGGAUUUAAGGCAAUAUUUCCAAAGCUUCGGUAGCAUAAAUUCAAUUAGCAUUGUUACGGAUAAGGAGACUGGGAAAAAACGAGGCUUUGGAUUUGUUGAGUUCGAUGACUAUGAUCCUGUGGACAAGAUUUGUCUUCAACGUAACCAUCAACUUCGAGGAAAACAUGUGGAUGUUAAGAAAGCCUUGAGCAGAGCUGAAAUGGCUUCUGCGACGGGUGGUGGCGGCGGAGGUGGUAGUGGCAGUCGAGGAGGUCAGGGAGUUGGACGUGGACCUCGUGGUGGGAAUCAAGGCGGUGGUAACUGGGGAGGCCGCGGUGGUGGCGGUGGUGGUGGAGACUGGAAUAACGGAGGAAACCAAGGUGGAUAUGGAGGUGGAAAUCAGGGAGGUUGGGGCAAUCAAGGACCCUGGGAAAAUCAGAAUCAAAGUGGUGGUUGGGGUGGUCAAGGAGGCCAAGGAGGCUAUAACAGUGGUGGUAACUGGAGUAAUGACAACUUUGGCGGAGGUUAUCAGCAAGGAUAUGGUGGUGGUCCAGUACGAAAUAACUUCAACUCCGGUGGACGGCCAGCACCCUACGGUAUUAAUAUGGGUCCUAGUGGCCGACAAUCUGGAGACUCGAGAUGGCUACCACCCUUCGGUGGACAAGCUACCACGAAGAAUGCUGAAGGCAACUACAGACGCAAGGAUGAACAUUCGCGUCCAAUGGGAGGUGGCAAUUCAGGUGGUGGCGGUGGAUACGGAGGUGGCAAUCAAGGAGGCUACGGAGGCAAUUCCCUUGGUGGUGGAAACAUGGGAGGCGGUGGUGGCGGUGGCGGUGGUGGCGGCGGUGGCAGAAGAUACUAAAUUGAUCAGGAAACUCCCUCAAACGGUGACCCCCUACUACUUGUCUUCUAGUCGCCAGUACUUCUGUACUGUUUAGUUUGGAGCAGGCAGGGCUAAAAGGCUAGAGACAGGACCAGGCAGGACAAUCAGGAUUCAGGACAGAGAAGCGUCACCCGUUUAGCUCGCAGUGAGGGAGGCUUAAGCCUGUAUUACAUUUGGUACCUAGCACCUACCGCAAACGUGUACACGUGUUCGGCCCACCAUACAAGACAAAAGUUGUAUAUCCGCAAUUUUAUAGACUGCUUGCACGCCCAGUGUAGCACGUGUACCAUUUGACAGGAAAAGAAAGGCAACAAUUAUUUAUGUUAUGAUUAUCACUAUCAUUACCACCUCCACUACCACUCUACCAUCGUUACUGAUGCCUACUAUUACCUACUACUAUCAUCACCAUCACCCAGCAUACAUGAUAUACGCUCUUACAUACACAAGGAAUACAUAUUUAACACUUCACAAUGAAUUUCAUCUGUAUUCCGAUCGAUGACAGUAAACAUCUCGUGUUAAUCCGAUUUUAUGGACUCGGAUAUCCGAUUGUCUCCUUUGAUCGAUGACACAGGUCGCUCGAAGGUGACAAUGAAUCUCGGAAAAUCGUGUCAUGUAUUAAGGUCGCUAGAGCACGCGUUGCUUCUGGAUUACGUUGGAAAUCGGUUAUAUGUUAUAUAAUUUUACAAGAAAAAAAGCUACUUGCGUCGUAUACAAAAUUAAAAGCGUUACGGUCAAUGUAAGAAUCGAGAAAAUUCUCCUUUUUUUUCUUCCUUUUUCGUCCAAUGUCGACGAGCACUUUAUUUUGGGUUAAGUCAGACUCGAAGGCGGUGAUUCUUAUAUAGACCAAAAAGUGCGAGCGAGAGAGAGAGAGAGAGAGAGAGAAAGAGAGCAAAGGAAAGUAAGGCGUAAUAACGAGAGCGAGAGUGAGUUUGAAUGGAUAAAGAAACAAAAGAAAGAAGAAAAAAAUAAGAAAUAAAAACUGAAGCAGUACGAAGGAUA